CGCCCGGCGGAGGCGGACGGGGUUGCGGCGCGAAGGGCGGCCCCGGGCUGCACCCGCGGAGAGACCGUGUCGCGGCCCGCCCGCUUCCUGGUGGCCGCGCUCCGCGUCCCUGGCGGCCUCUGCCAAACAAAAGAGUUAUGAGGGGGAAAAGAUUUUAGCUUCCCCACUGCUUGCCUUCUAUAAAAGGUGGUAUCUCACAGCUGGAAAUUCACAGAAUCCUCCUAUCACAAAAAUGUAGGAAGACAUGGCCAGACGAGUUACCUAAGGUAAUUUCUGUACCCAAAGAUGGAAUUGAAGAGGUAUCAAAAGUAACUUUAAACUAGUCAGCUUUGGUUAAAAUUGCUGUUAAGAAGUAACAGCCCACUGUUUCAUAUGGUCAGCAGAAUCAACCCGUAAUCAACAAAAUCUGUCAGGGAAUUUGGGUAGACGUUCAUCUGCUGGUUUCCAGGGAGGUCUGUGCUGCUAUAGAGAUGCUCUUACCCCUACCUGAGCUACCCAGCUUAAAACAUUUGUGCCUACAUCAAGUACACCCACACUUCUGGCCUCAGUUUAGACAUGGAACUGUCUCUCAAGUUAACUCAUCCUGGUUGGAGCAAGGCAUUUGGUAGUUUUCACCUCAAUCAACUGUUUGGAUUUAGAACUGUGUGGGUGCCUAAUUUUAACACAGUAUGUUAACUCCUGUGAAAAUGUCCUCAUGGGAUUCUGGUUCGAGGCAGUCUGGGUUUUUUCCAGUCCCUAGUGCAUGUAAAAGUGAAGACCAAGCUGGACAGAAAGAGGACAGGAUAAAUGGUGAGCUGUUAAAUCUGAAUUCCACCCUGUUGCUGGCAGUGCGUCAGAGAGGCUCAUCCCGUGGUGCCUGACAGAAGGACUGCAGGUGACAUAGUUAUCCUUUUACCUUGACUGAAGGGGAAUCCUGUCCUCAGCUGAGAAUAUAGCAGUAUUCUCUGAGAAAAUGAACAAAAAUGCAUUAUUUGGAGGAAUUCUUGUGUUCCAGUGCUGCCUUCUUUUGUGUGAUCCAUAUGAAGCAGUAUAGAGCAAAAGGCCUUUUAAUGCCUCAGAACUGAAAGUGAGCUCCUACGCUGUUGUGGACUGUGAUCAAGCCAGAAAGGAAGUCAGUGUCCGCACUGGAGGAGUGACAGAUAAGUCAUCAAGAAAGACUUACACAUUUGAUAUGGUUUUUGGAGCUCAGGCAAAGCAGAUUGAUGUGUACCGGAGUGUCGUGUGUCCCAUUUUGGAUGAAGUCAUUAUGGGCUACAACUGCACAGUGUUUGCUUAUGGCCAAACUGGUACUGGUAAGACCUUCACAAUGGAAGGGGAGCGGUCACCCAAUGAAGAAUAUACUUGGGAAGAGGAUCCACUAGCAGGUAUCAUACCCCGUACAUUGCAUCAAAUAUUUGAAAAACUCACAGAGAAUGGAACCGAAUUUUCAGUGAAAGUCUCUCUCUUGGAAAUCUAUAAUGAGGAGCUUUUUGAUCUUCUGAAUCCUACUCCUGAUGUUGGAGAAAGACUGCAGAUGUUUGAUGAUCCUCGAAAUAAGAGGGGUGUAAUUAUUAAAGGCUUGGAGGAAGUAACUGUACACAACAAAAAUCAAGUUUACCAAAUCCUGGAAAGGGGUGCAGCCAAAAGAACAACCGCAGCUACUUACAUGAACGCAUAUUCCAGCCGUUCCCACUCUGUGUUUUCAAUCACCAUCCAUAUGAAAGAAACAACGAUAGAUGGAGAAGAACUUGUUAAAAUUGGAAAGCUAAACUUGGUUGAUCUUGCAGGAAGUGAGAACAUUGGUCGAUCUGGGGCUGUUGACAAAAGAGCUCGUGAAGCUGGAAAUAUCAACCAAUCUCUGCUGACACUUGGAAGAGUUAUUACUGCUCUAGUGGAAAGAGCCCCUCAUAUUCCAUACAGGGAAUCUAAACUCACAAGAAUCCUUCAAGACUCUCUUGGAGGACGGACAAAAACAUCAAUAAUUGCCACAAUUUCACCUGCAUCUGUAAAUCUUGAGGAAACAUUGAGUACACUGGAAUAUGCCCAUAGAGCAAAGAACAUCAUGAACAAGCCUGAAGUUAAUCAGAAGCUAACCAAAAAAGCUCUUAUUAAGGAAUAUACUGAAGAGAUCGAGCGUCUGAAGCGAGACCUUGCUGCUGCUCGAGAGAAAAAUGGAGUCUAUAUCUCUGCUGAAAACUAUGAAGCCCUUAAUGGAAAGCUGACAGUCCAGGAAGAACAAAUUGCAGAGUAUAUUGACAAAAUCAGUGUCAUGGAGGAAGAAGUGAAAAGGGUCACUGAACUAUUCAGAGUCAGUAAAAAUGAACUUGAACAGUGUAAAACAGAUUUGCAGAUCAAGGAGAAAGAACUGGAAGAAACACAGAAAGAUCUGCAAGAAACCAAAGUUCAGCUGGCUGAAGAAGAAUAUGUGGUUUCAGUUUUGGAAAGUACUGAACAAGAGCUUCAUGACACAGCUAGCCAGUUACUGACUACAGUUGAAGAAACGACAAGAGAUGUGUCUGGGCUCCAUGCGAAACUGGAGCGUAAGAGGGCUGUUGAUCAGCACAAUGCUGCUGUCCAAAAUACCUUUGCAGGACAAAUGAAUGCUUCAUUCAGCAAAAUACAAGAUUCAAUUACUGAAAACAGUUUGAAGCAGCAACAGAUGUUGACAUAUUACACAAAUUGUAUAGGUGACCUCCUGUCUACCAGUUCUUCUACAGCAGAUAUGUUUGCAUCAGUUGUAUCAGCAUCUUUUGCCUCUCUUAAAGAAUUGGUGUCUACUGAAGUUUCUCACAUGUCUGAAAAAAUAACACAGCAUGAGAAUCUAUCACUUGAUUGUAAAGCAGAGCUGCUGAGAUUAAUUGAAGAGCAUCAGACUGGAUUAGGAAGAGCAGUAAAUAGCUUGACACCAAUGGUAGAAUUUGUCUUGGGGUUAAAUUGUCAGUUCCAGAGUAACAUGAAGAAAUAUUCUGCUGUGGCUGACCAGAUGGAGGACCAUAAAAAGGAAAUGGAUACCUUCUUUGCAGAUCUUUCUCUCACUCUGAAAAAAAUACAGGAACAAACAGCCGGUGGCUUUGCUCAGCUCCAGCAUAAUUGUGACAGCUUAAAAGAAGAAGUGGAAAUGAUGAGGUUGGCACAUAGAAAGAGUGCAGCUGAAUUGAUGUCUUCACUGCAAAGCCAGCUUGACCUGUUUGCUCAGGAGACUCAGAAGAGCCUAACUGAUGUACUCACAAGAAAUGGAAGCCUGAAGACCACCAUCACUGCUAUGCAAGAAAAUGUUCACCUGAAAACUACAGACUUAGUCAGCAGUACAAAUUCCAAUCACAACAAAUUUGCUGCAUCUCUGGAUAAUUUCUCUCAAGAGCUCAGGAGCAUAAAUGCUGAAAACAAGGCAAUGCUGGAAGAAUCCAAUGACCACUGUCAACAUCUUCUCACCAAUCUCAAAAAUGUGGCUCAGCAUACCAAUACAUGGGGUGAAUUUACAACUGCUCAGAUGGUCAACUUUACUAAUCAGCACCUGUUGUCAUUCAAGGAUGAGAAACAGCAAUUUCAGUAUUUACAAAAGAAAAAUGAAGAAAAUUGUGAUCAAGCAAUAGCUGAAAUUGCUGACCACAUUGGCAGCCAAAAGGCUGCUGAGGAGAAGGUGCUAAAUGGCCUUCUGGAUCAGAUAAAGGUGGAUCAGGAGAUACUUGUGGAGCAGAAACUGGCACUGAGGGAACAAGUGCAGCAUGGACUAACUCAGGUUAAUGGUUUCCUGCAAGAGGAUCUCAAAGUGGAUGUUCCAACAGGGACAACUCCACAGAGAAAAGACUACUCCUAUCCUGUCACCCUUGUGAGAACAGAGCCCCGGCAGCUGCUGCUGGAGCAACUGAGGCAAAAGCAACCAAAUCUUGAUGCUAUGCUAAGCAGUGUGGGAAAGGAGAUGGAGGAUAGUGCAGGUCAGGACCUGUUGGAAGAGGGAGUGUUGCAAGAACCCAGUGAAAGCCUUGCUUGUGACAAAUACUCAAUGGAUACGAAUGUAUAUUGCCACACAAAUGGUGGCAUUCCUUUUUUCCAGCACAAAAGAAGUCUCAAAAAGGGUAAAGAGAAUAAAUCUGCAGCUCCAUUGGAGAACAAAAUGGAGGAUAUGACAGAAGAGCUUCUUCAGAAAUCUAAGCAUCCUUUCAGAUUGCUGAACUAAGAUAUAUCCUCUGCAGAUCCCUGUUUUUAGAUAUUUCUGUUUUACUGUCUUACUGAGCCACAACUUGUUUUGGUAUUCUCAGUGUCUCUAUGUAGUGAUGCAAAGUUGAAACAAAAGAUUUACCUGCUCAGUCUCGUACCUUGGUUCCAUUUUUAUAUGUGGCAGCUUGCAAAGUUUUGAGGGAAAAAACCCCUGCAGAUUACGGUGCUGUUAUGUUAAAUAUAUAUAUAUGUGGUCAAGUAAGAAAUUAUCUGUUUCUCAGUAGAUAUAAAGUACCAGAAAAGGAUGUGGAAAUAUACUUUGCCAGCAUUAUGAGUUAGCAUCUUAUGUAUUAAUCAGCUGUAAAUAAGUGCUGCUUUUAUACCUGCUUUUUAUUCCGAUUUCUCUGUUUUGUUUACUGUGAUACUUCAAAUGAAUUAAUAAAUGGAAAACAAA